UGGAGUACUGUGCACCGCUCAGAAAAGAUGUGUAUAAUGCUCUGAUUGGCUGCGUAGUUCUGAGGGAGCUUUCUCUCUGUAUGUUUGGCUGAAGCUAUUCCUGCUCUGUGGAAGGCCUGAGAUUGUCUUUGAAUAAACAUCUUUCAUCUGCCGCUAUGGAGUCAGAGAGCAUCAUGAUCCUUUACGAGGACAAUUCUGUAGAAAUGCACUAUGUGGAUGGAUCCAGGUUGCUGCUUUCUCCUUGUGGGUCUGAGUUUUUAUUUGAGAAAGCCAUUCCUGCCUCUGCCCACCCCAUACAGCCAGCAGAGCGGAUUCGCCAGAGGACACAAUUUGCUAUCAGCAUCUACAGGGAGAAGCUUUUGCAGGCAAUUGAUUUCCGGAAUCAAUAUUCUGAUCGUCCCUAUUUACCUUCAAAUAUUAUACCUCCUGAAAGGAAAAAUAUUCUUUUCGCAGAUAUCUCUAAAGCCAAAUGGCCCGCUUCUCAUGCUGAGAAUGGAGCAGCCUGUUUGCACCAUGGCGCUGUGACCAUCUCUUCUCUAGAUGGCCAUGCUAGUCUGACCUUGCCUGACCUUCAGCAAGAAUUUACAGUGGAGUUUUUGUGCAAAGUUAGCCAGAGGUCAUCGGCACCACCAUUAGAUAAAAUGUGUGGCGAAUCGAUCCAGGAUUGGCGUGGAAGACCCGGCCAGAAUUCUGCCGAAAAGCCGUCUUCUCAGCAGCUGAGAACAGAAGAAGGAGAGGGUGACCUCUGCAGGUCUGCGGCACAGAAUAUGCAGGACAGCAACUCAGGAUCUGUGCAAAAAUUAGAGGAGAGCCCCUGGUCUUUCCAGAACUGCUCAUCAGAAUAUUGUUGGGUUACUCAACGCCUGUCUGUGUCCUCCUGCUCCGAAGAAUGGAGGUACCCUUUAUCAUUGGCACUUAGGUUUUAUCAGUUAAACACUGGCAAAGAAAAUGAACUGGAUGCAGGAAACAGAGAUGCUGGAAUUGCAGGGCUUGAUAUAUCACACUCUUCUGAGGCAGUCACUUAUUUGCCUUGGGCUUUACCACUCAGCUGCCAUGCUCCUUAUUUGCACAGGUGGGAUUUCUCUGAUUUCUUGCAACUGAGGAAAGAGGACAGUGGUCAGUAUUUGUACUCCCAGCCAGUCAAAAUAGUGUGGAGUAAGGGCAUCAUUUACAGGUUUCUUGUUGGAGCUAGACACAUAGAAAUCUACCCCGGCGAUGGCUCAGUUUUCAAAUCGGAAGGUUCCUUUUUGGGGAAAUAUUUCACUCGCUAUUAUAUCCAGGAAGGAACGAGGGAGAGAGAAGAAACAAUGUAUUCUGCAAGCAGCCUACCACCUGAUAUACCUGGGAGUCUCUACUCUGUGUGGACCAUUAUCACUCAAGCUGUAAGAGUUCUUCAACAUAAUCUUGAGAGCAUCCUUUCGUUAACUCAUAAUUAUUCUGUCUGCUGCUGGAAGAUGGUGUGUCCUGAGAUGAGUAGAGGACAAAUGCUGCCAGUCCCCCUGGCUGAAACAAUUGUUCCCAAUGUAGGAAGACUCUUUGCUUAUUCAGAUAAUAAAGUGCAUGCUGUUUUUUAUGAUGGAACGAUACUGAACAUGGUGUGGAGUUUCACUUCUCAAGAUGGAAAAUCACAGAGACCUCAAGAUGCUAACACGGGUUGGUGCAAACUCACUUUGCCUACAGGAGCACAGCAGCUUAUCCACGUGGAUCAUCCUGGACUCUAUGAAAGAUACGUAACAACCGUGGUCAAAUGGUGCAGAAGCUUAAACAAGAAUGGAGAGAUGUGUGCAGUCACAUCACAGCCUAUUCCUGAAGAGACCUGGUCAGUCGCUGCUGAACUUGAAAAAAUAAGAAGAUUCAACUUUUUAGUGGAGAACAGCAAUAUUCCAAGUAUGGAUUCAGCUGCAAAAAUAAAUCCAUCCUCCAGCACAGACAGGCAGAACAGACCAGAGGAAAUCUUUUUAGCUGCGAAUGUUAGUAAAAACAACAUAGCUGAGACUCUGGAAAAAACUUCAAAGGUUAUCAGUGAUAUUGACUCUCUUUUAGCUUCCUCUGUAAAGAGAAAAAAUGUCAAAAGUAAUUCCGGUAAUUCUGUCCCUCAUUAAUCUGAUUGAAGUCGAAAAUGAAAUUCAACCAUCCAAGGUCAGGCCACAGAGUUGUUCUGAGUCACUGACUUUAUAGAUAAUCAAAGGCAGGAUUAUAAAUUAAGGAUAUUGUUAAUUUAUUAAUUUGAGUUUAUGUUGUAGG